AUGGGACUCAAAGAAGUCUUCAAGAAUCGCUCCAGCCUGCGCGUUGACAAUCGCAAGACUACUUCGGCCGCGACACUAACCCUGCGCCAGAGUCUUUGGCCACUCAGCCUGGUCACGAUUCUAUUCUUCUUAUGGGGCUUCGCAUACGGCCUCCUAGAUACCCUCAACAAGCACUUUCAAAAUACACUGCAUAUUGAUCGUACCCGCUCAGCCGGUCUCCAGGCAGCAUAUUUUGGGGCAUACCCACUCGCCUCGCUCGGCUACGCAAAUUGGAUCCUGCGUCAUUAUGGGUAUAAAACGGUGUUCAUCUUCGGUCUAACACUGUACGGCAUCGGCGCAUUGUGCAUGUGGCCAGCAGGCCUGCACCAAUCCUUCGGUGGAUUCUGCGGUGCAACUUUCGUCAUCGGUUCGGGGUUGGGCUCGCUCGAGACGGCCGCGAAUCCAUACUUGACUGUAUGCGGUCCACCCCGAUACGCCGAGAUCAGAAUCAACUUCGCCCAAUCUUUCAACGCCAUUGGUACCGUUGUCGGACCCGUGCUAGGUUCAUAUGCCUUCUUCACAACGACGAACGAUAACGUCGAAGCCCUGCAGCGCGUCCAGUGGGUCUACCUAGCCAUUGGAAUCUUCGUCUUCUGUCUCGCGGGCGUUUUCUUCGUCUCGAAUAUUCCCGAAGUCACGGAUGAGGAUAUGGCAUUCCAAGUGGCGACGACUCAUGUCGACGAGCAGGAUAAGCCGUUUUGGAAGCAGUGGAGAUUGUUUCAUGCCACGCUGGCACAGUUUGCGUAUACUGGUGCUCAAGUCGCUAUUGCUGGUUACUUUAUCAACUACGCUGUCGACACCUGGCCCGGCACUGACAGUGCCAAGGGCGCAAAACUUCUUGCCGGUGCGCAGGGUGCGUUCGCCGUGGGUCGAUUCCUAGGUUCGGGAAUUAUGAAGUAUGUUAGGGCUCGAUAUGUCUUUGGUGUUUAUAUCUCUUGCUGUGUGGCAUUCCUGGCGGCAUCCGUAACACAGAGGAAUCAGACUGGUAUAGCAAUGCUCUACAUGGUUCUAUUCUUCGAGUCGGUCUGUUUCCCUACUAUCGUGGCAUUGGGUAUCCGCGGCCUCGGCCGCCAUUAUAAGCGUGGCUCGGGCUUUAUUGUUGGUGGUGUCUGUGGUGGUGCAAUCGUCCCGCCUAUUCUGGGCCACGUUGCCGAUAUGAGGAAUGACACUGGUUUUGCAUUUAUCGUUCCUACGAUGUUCAUGGUUGUUGCGUGGACAUACGCCUUGGCAGUCAACAUCGUUCCUACCUAUAAGCGAUAUGAGGAUCAUGAGCUCGAGGUCGAUGAUAUAUAG